UCCCUUACCCUAUAUGGGCAGCUCUGGUAAGCUUGGAAGAAGAGAGGCAGACCAAAGCUUGUGAGCCUGCAAUGAACCAUUAUCUCUGUUCUCAGAGGAAACACUAAGACAGAGACCUGUAAAGACCAGAAACUUCCGGGCUGGGAAACGAUGGUGCUAGAUCUUCAGGGAUGUUUGCCCCCCUUCCUAUUGCUGCUGCAACUAUUGGGUCCCAUGUGUUCACUUUGUGCUUGGCCUGAGUACCUCACCAAGGCUCGUUGGUUUGAAAUUCAGCACAUUCAGCCAAAUCUUCUCCAAUGCAACAGGGCGAUGAGAGGUGUCAAUAAUUAUACCCAGCACUGCAAGCCCUUCAACACUUUUCUGCAUGACUCUCUUCAGGAUGUGGCUGCUGUCUGUGAUUUUCCCAAAGUCACCUGCAGGAAUGGUAGGCACAACUGUCACCAGAGCUCAAAGCCUAUCAACAUGACCAACUGCAGACUCACUGCAGGGAAGUAUCCUGACUGCUCCUACAGUGAUGCAACCCAGUACAAAUUCUUCAUUGUCGCCUGUGACCCCCCUCAGAAGAGCGACCCUCCCUACCACUUGGUUCCCGUACACUUAGAUAAGAUUAUCUAAG